AUGGUUCGAAUUGAUUACUCUGACACGCGGGCUUUUACUCAGAGGAUCGAGAAGGAGAAAGCUGCCAAGGCCUUGUGUGCCAGAAAGAGCGGUGAGACAGUGGGGCUCACUGAUCAGCCGGAGCGCUGGGUUCGGCAGACGAUGAGGCCGCUGCCGGCCGAAGCGGAGGCACCUGAGGAGCCGGAAGAGGGCUCGGCGAUGCCUCCCUCAACGCCCAUGGGCCCAGAAGGCCUCAUGGAAGCGUGGCUUGCCCUUUCGCCAGAGCAGCGUGAGGAGUCUGGGCUGCGCUUGGCCACUAUCAGCGGCCCUCGCCCGCCGGAGCGGUGUGGACCGCGCCGGCGAUCGGGCGCACUUCUCUUGACGGGCAGCAGCGCGCUGGCACGCGAGGGCCAAGCCCCGGUGAACCCCAGGCCGGCCCAGAACGGAGCGCCCUCGGAGGAUCCCUGCGAGCGCUGGGGGCUGAAAGUAAGCUCGCUUGCGCUGCAGAGGCCUCGCAGCCAGUCAUCGCACAGACGCCGGCAGGCACCAGUUGACCGAAGCUCUUCCGUGAGUUCGCUGCGCCCGGAGUUCUUUUGCUCCUGGCUCCGCCGCUCCGACGGCUUCGUGCGGGUCACCCGUGGACAGUGGGCCCCCUGA